UGCGUCCGGAGGUUCGUCCAAGUGCGCAGAAACGAGCCUGGUGCCGCCGAAGCGACGGAUGCCCCCCUCUCUGUUUGAGGCGUCGUGAAUCAUGUCACGCCGGAAGCAGAAGAGACCCCAGCAUCUUGUUAACGCGGAUCCGGGGGGACCACGGCUCCUGUCUCACGAAGAUCACCUGGGCAUAAAGUCACCCUCCACAUCCCUGGGCUCAGAAGUGACCUCUUCAGGAUCCUCCUCCUCAUCCCCCACCUCUCUACAAGACUGCCAACCGCCUCUGGCCCCUCGCCCAUCCCCUGGAGGGCUCCACGCGCCCUCCUUACCCAGUGAGAGCUCACCUCCUCCCCACUGGCCCAGCCACAUUGCCCCCUUCACCACAUCCCUCCCCAACACCCACUCCUCCCUCUCCCCAGAUUUCCCCCACCCUUCGCUGUCUUCCCAAACUCACUCGCCUCCUCCCGUGGGACAGACCUCUGGAUCCCACAGCUUGCCCCACCAAGGAAGCUCUCACACCACCAUGACCUCGCCGCCAAUGGGCAGCUCCGCUACCACCACUACCUCCUCUUCGUCCUCGUCAUCCUCGUCGUCUGCGCCGCCCCAUCGCGAAAGCUCCAGUCCAAGUCAGCAGCAGGCCUCCGGCUCGCCUGGGGAGCAGGGACAUGGGCAGGUGCCUCCAACCUUGGCAGUACUCUUGGAGGAGCUGAGGGUUUUACAGCAGAGGCAAAUCCACCAGAUGCAGAUCACAGAGGAAAUCUGCAGGCAUGUCCUGAGGCUCGGAGGGGCUGUUUUCGGUCAAGAUAGCAAUGCACAGAGCAACAGUGCAGACAGCAGCAAGAAGUCUACAGGAGUUACAUCUUCAUCACCAACUCAUCCUUCGACAGCAACUCCAGCAACAACAGCUUCGUCCCUUUUGACUGGUCUUCCAUCUUCCCUCUUUCCCCAGUCGGCCAUCUCAAAAUCAGGUUCUACACACGGUAUUGGGAGCAGAGCGUCGUCCAGCUCUACUUCAUCUUCCUUGUCCUCUUCUUCCACGUCCAACUCAUCUGCUAUCAGCUCAUCUGUUGCCUCCCUACAUCCGUUGUCCUUGUCAUUGGGCCUACCACCGCGCUACCUCCACGAGAAAUCCUCCAACACCUCUUCGUUUGGUCACAGCAAUGGCAUAAGUUUUGCGACUCCUUCUCUUGCCACCACCAGCCACUCCCAGGACCUCCAGUCCAGCUCCUCUCUGACAUCCGCCUCGUCAUCGGGACGUCCUCAGCACGUCUGCCGUUUUUGCGGAAAAGUGCUGAGCAGUGAUUCGUCGCUGCAGAUCCAUUUGAGGUCGCACACGGGUGAGAGGCCGUACCAGUGUCCAGUCUGCUUGAGCCGUUUCACGACCAGAGGGAACCUGAAAGCUCACUUCCUGCGACACAGAGAGCAGAACCCGGAGCUGUCCCUCUCCCUGCUACCCCCGGCACUGUCAGAGCAAACGCAGAGUGGAUCGACUGCAGGGUCUGUGCAGAGGAGGCGCAAACGGAGGGCUGACGAUGACGAGCCCUUUAAUGGUGUGAAAGGAAGCGUCCCUGGUGUGACAGAUAGCAUGGCUUUAGGAUUCUUGUCUGGUACGUCCUCCCGACCCUCGCCUUCCUCUCUACCUCUUCCCCCUUCUGUGGACAUGGCGCUCUUAUCCACAGCCCAUUCACUGCUACAGCUGAACAGAGCCUCAGCUGCAGCUGUGGCGAGUGCGUCUAGCACCGCUCUGCCCUCUUCCUCUUCAUCUUCAUCCUCCUCCUCCAUGGGCACUCAGUUUAAGGGGGCGAAGCAGCAGCGGUUUGAUGAAAACACCCCACCCCACUCUGCCCUCCAUUCAACCUCCCCUUAUUCCCAACUGGCCCACCUGCCCAAGAUUCUGUUCCCUGGGGGUACAUCUCCUCACCACCUUGCACUACUCCGGCCCCCAGGCCACCCAUCCACCUCUCAUCUCACCUCACCUCAUCAGCUUCCCUUCCCUUUCCCACCUUUCCCUAAACCAUCCACCUCCUCUCCGUCCUCGUCCUCUCCCACCACCUCUACCCAGACGUCAGACACGUCCAAGUUGCAGCGGCUUGUGCAGAAGCUUGAAAAGCAGCCGCAAGGAGGUGCCUCUUCUCCCUCCACCUCCUCACAGACGUCUGCCGAUACCAACGGUGACACACAGGGUCACGACCUCUCCACCACCUCCAGCGCAUACCGCAGGGAAAUGCUGGCUGCUCUUGGACUGGGUCCCAGUGCCAACGCUGCGGCACUAGUGGCCAGCCAGGGUGCCUCAGGCUCAGGCACUACAACCACCACUAACAGCCCUUCUCUGCCCACUGCGCAGGCGCCUAAUCAGUGUGGAGUGUGUCUGCGUGUUCUCAGCUGCCCUCGAGCUUUGCGUUUGCACCAGGCCACGCAUCUUGGGGAGCGCCCGUUCCCUUGCAAACUUUGUGGUCGCUCCUUCUCCACUAAGGGCAGCCUGAGGGCCCAUCUGGCCACUCAUCGUGCAAGACCAGCCAAUGCCAGAGCGCUCAACUCCUGCCCACUUUGCCCGCGUAAGUUCACUAAUGCCUUGGUGCUUCAGCACCACAUACGCUUGCAUUUGGGUGGGCAGAUACCACCGGAUGAAGACAUGCCACCUGAAGAUGGCGCAGAAGCAGAAAGUGCCAUUUUUGAUGAUAGUGAGAAUGACCCUGUCAGCUCGCCAUCUAAAUCUCAGCAAGUCCUUCCACUGGCCUUAACAACGGGCUCUAAGUCUCUAAUUGAUGCUCUCAACUCAGGGUCCACUUUCAAGCAAUCCACAACUAAUGAUGCCACUUCUGUGAAAACUGAGGAAUCUGAGAGUUCAACGCCCAGUGUUAGUCCACCCCUAACCCAUAAUCCCCCCUCAGCAGGGGCAGAGGACCCCCUACGCCUCAGAGACAACGCUCCAGCUGAGAGUAGCCCCAUGUACUCUGAGGAGGAGCCCCACCCUGACCUGGGCAGCACCAGCCCUUUCAAAGCACCCUUAGCCAGUUCUCAUUCAGCUGUGGAGAAUGGAGACUCAGAGGCUGACGACACACCUCUUUCACUCUGCGUUUCCAAGCCAAGUGUUGAAAAUGAUGUGCAGCAGAGAGCGGUCACUAAAGAUGAAACCUGCACAACAGACAAGCCUGCUACUGCUCCCAAUUCCACCCCUAAACCGCCAACUGAAAGCCCUGCACCUGCACUCACCCCUCCUGUCAGUCCCAAAGCUGCUCCAGAGAGCGAAGAGGCCUGUGGGACCGCCGCACAUGAGACGCAGGAACGAGACGCUGCAAAUAGUAAAGAAGACAGUGAAGUUACAGAGUCUUCAGCAGUGUUGGAACCUGUGGUAGAGAAGGAAACUCCAGCUGAGGAGGGUCGUGAUGUGUCAGAAAAGCCUUUAGAGGAACCCGAGCCUCCUGCUGCUGCACCAGCGCCACAGCCUCAUCGCCCAGAUAAACCGUACGGCUGCACCCACUGUGGAAAGGCAUACGCCAGCCGCAGCGGACUUAAGGGACAUAUGAAAACUCACCCUGGAGCACCGACCAACACACCCUCUAAGGCACAAACCAAUGACAAUGACUCUGCAGAGGAUCGCAGGCAGCAGGACGACAAGCAGGGGUUGACUAAAUCCCCGGAGAAAGGUGACGGCGCCGAAGCUGCUGGUUCUGACGUGGUACAAGAGGCCGUGGACACAACUGCUUAG